AUGUCAAAAACACCGAUUAAAGGCAGCACAUUCAUUGCAACAGAUGAGAGCAGGGACCGAAAUUGAACCGAAUGGGACAUUGACAAAGAUGAGUAUGAGUAUUCAAGAGAAAGCUUUCAAAAAGAAAACUCAAUUCUGUUUCAAGAUGAGCUUGACGAAGCCCAAAGAAGCAACGAAGAUUUAAUUAUCGAUAACAGGGAACUUUAUGGCUCUCACGGCCAUUCAGGAAAAAGAAGAAUAUUUAGUGACUUAGAAGAGCCUUUAAAAAGUGAAGAUAUGAGAGUCUUGAAAUCAGCUGAUGAUUUCUUAAAAAACACUUCAGAAUUGAAAAGCUUAUUAUUGAAGAAACCUGAAGGGACUGAUAUGAAAGAGCCACAUCAAAAGUUGUUGAAUAAUAUCAAUGAAAUGCUGAUAAAAAAUAAUUUUGAGCCUUUGGAUCAAGGUAUAAAUAUUCAAACAUUAUUAUGUGCUUUGAAUGAAGUUUUGAGUGCUUUUGAUAAGAGAUAUAUUGACGAAAAUGAAGACACAGAGCUUAUUUUUAAAAAAUUCUAUGGUAUACCAUUUAUAUAUAAGUUCUUUUUAAAACUAAAUCAGCCUUUAGCUUAAAGCUAUUUAUUCAGGCUUAGUAUAGAAACUCCAGCCCAAAAAACCCUAUGGAUCUUAAAACCUUUGAAUUAAUAUUAACUUAUGAAAACAAGACAAAAGAACUCAACCAAAAAAUCCAACAAUUAGAAGAAAGCUUAAGAAAUCCGCGAUCCCAUGGAAAAUAUCAAGAAAUAGAAGAAAGCUAUAACGAGCUGAAAAAUAAUUAUCACAAAUUACAGCAAGAAUUAUCGAAAUCUGAGUAUUUAAACGAAGAUUUAUCAAAAAAAGCUGAAGAAAAUAACGCACUCAUUAGUGAAAUUUGUAAAAUUCUUACAUUAAAAGACCCGAAACAUAUAAUUAAAGCCGUAGUAAAGUUAGAAAAAGUUUUACGUGCAGUUCCUCAUCUUGAAAGAUUUAUCAAAGAUGUUUGUGUCAUAGUAUUCCCUGAAUUAAGAGAGGAAAGGAAUAAAUUAAUUUGUAGCCAGAGAAUGGAUGACGUGAUUCCAAAGCUUAAAAAAGCAUUUUCUGAGCUAGAUCAGCUAAGAAGAGCAAAAGAAAACAGCACCAGGAAUAAAAGCCCAAUGGACGAAAUGAGAAUUAAUCAGGCUUCUUCAAGAAAUAAAAGUCCUUUGGAAGAUGCCAGCAGGACUACCCCAAAAAGCACAAGAAGGGAAUUUUCGUUUGAAGAACAAGUCGUCCAGCAUCUUUGCCAUCUAUAUGAAAUUCCUGAAGAAAAAUCCAUCAUUUUGUCUACAAUAGACCAGACAUUUAUUUUUGUACGCGAAAUUGAAUCGUUUUUAAGAAUAUCGAGGGCUGCUUUAAGCCUAGGUGAAGACGUUUCACUGAAUGAAGUCCUUCACAACUUAAAAGUGUUAAUAAAGAAUAUAUAA